CUAAUCACUUCGAAACUGUGUUAAUAACGAGCAAACACAUCGCAAAAGCUAGUCGCCUAUCACGGCCUCCGCCGCCGCCGCUUCGGCAGCUUGCCUCCUCGUCUCGCCGGCGCAGGCGGCGCCUGCAUCUAUCCAUCCAUCCACCCACCCACGCCACCCUCCCGUUCCGAUUCGGCGCACGCGGCUGCUAGACACCGCGUUCCUGACCCGCCGCGAAUGUCGGGGACGCCUCUUCCCCCACCGGCGCAGCCGCCGCCGCCGCCGGGGGCCGCCGGGCCCGAUGGCGCGGCGGCGCUCCCGCCCCCGCCGGGCACGGACAUGACCGGGAUCUGCUUCCGCGACCAGCUCUGGCUCAACACCUACCCGCUCGACCGCAACCUCGUCUUCGACUACUUCGCGCUCUCCCCCUUCUACGACCUCACCUGCAACAACGAGUCCCUCCGCUCGCGCCAAAUCCACCCCCUCGACAUGUCCCACCUCACGAAGAUGACGGGGAUGGAGUACGUGCUCAGCGACGUGAUGGAGCCGCACCUGUUCGUGAUCCGGAAGCAGAGGCGGGAGAGCCCCGAGAAGUCCAACGCCAUGCUCGCCUACUACAUCCUCGAUGGCUCCAUCUACCAGGCGCCCCAGCUCUGCAGCGUCUUCGCGUCCCGCAUCAGUAGGGCUAUGCAUCACAUCUCAAAAGCUUUUACUACGGCAUGUUCAAAGUUGGAGAAAAUUGGGCAUGUGGAAACAGAGCCUGACACAGCAGCUUCUGAAUCAAAGACGCAGAAGGAAGCAAUUGAUUUGAAGGAGUUGAAGCGGGUCGACCAUAUCCUAAUGUCGUUGCAAAGGAAGCUGCAACCUGCUCCUCCCCCUCCACCUUUUCCAGAGGGCUAUGUACCAUCAGAACAAGAGAAAGCAUCAGAUGAUCUGUUGGCCUCAGAGGCACUGCCUCCCCAGGUUGAUCCUAUCAUUGAUCAAGGCCCUGCAAAAAGGCCUAGAUUCCAAUGAGAGAGGUUGCAUUGAUAAGUUAAAUUUGACUAACACCACAAUUACCUGUGUUGUAAGUUGAUGAUUAGAUUCUUUCAGUUCCACAGCUCGGAAGUUAAAUAUAAGUUGUGGUUUCAGUCGUAAUGGUUAUUUUGAAGGAUAAAUUCAAGGGAGCAUAAAUCUGAUUAGGUGGUACUGGCUGUUUGUCAGGCCUGUUUCUACUGUGCUAAUGUGAAGUGAUAUUUUACUA